AUGGAUAAGUCAUCUGUAGGAUUAAAACACUAUCUACUGGUAUUGAGAGAAAAGCUUGCGUUCGCAGAGCCUGUUAUACGAUGGGUGUUGGUAUCACUUGGUUUGGAAAAGGAUGAUCCUAUAGACUUCGCUGAGGAGCUCAAGGAAUUUAAUGAUCCAGAAUAUUGGAAAUCUAUCAAAGAUAUUGACUUCGAAUAUGAGUCAGGGUCAGAAGUAGACGAAAAAUACCCUGAAGGUCCAUGCGUUGAUGACGACGAUGACCGUCUUGCAGGUUGCAAGGUCGCAGACAGGAUUAUGCCCGUAGGAACUCGUUGGACGGACAAACGAACAUGCAUUUACUACGAGUGCAAAGAGUUCAAUAGGCUUCAAGAAGUACAUUGCCCAGAAUGGUGCCCUGAAUGUCACAUCAGCAGGUGCAAAGAAAUCCCAGGAGACCCUAACGCCAACUAUCCUGACUGUUGCCCUACCGUGCAGUGUGAACCCCCGAAAUUUAGAAAUUUUGCCGAACUUGAGGCUAUUGCUGAUCAAUGCAAACAUCCAAGGGACUGUUGUUAAAGGGGUCAAAAUGGGCAAUCAAAGCAGAUUUGGGUUUCAUAGUUAUUUUUUA